AUGACGCUGGACGAACGAGGAGCCAAACGCUCAGCCUCCCCUCCCGCGGCCACCGGCCUCUCCCGCGGCCUUCGAGGCCCAAUUAGCCCAGCCCGGGGGCCGCUGUCCCUCGGCCUGAGGCCUUCCCACUGUCUAAUGGCCAGUCAGCACCCCGGCCGCGCCCUGAUGGAGACCCCGGGCCGCCUAUGGCCGGAGCUGUGCAGGCAGGAGGGGAAUCGCCGUGAUCGGGACCUGCAUGUCCUCCCGCAGCCCGAGCCCCUGGGACUCUCCUGUCCUGAGCAGGAGGAGGAGAGGGACUCGCUGCUCCUGCAGGCCGCGGGGAGCCACGGGGGACCGCCAGAUGUGGGACCAGAGGGCGCCUUCGGUCCUUCCGAUCCUUACCUGCUGCCCUCCGACGCGCUGGACAGCGGCAGCCUGAGCAAAGAGAGCCCCGAGGAAGGGGUGACGAUGGUCCCUGCGACCCCCGCGCAGUCGGGGGAGGAGCUCGGGGGGCCGGAGCUGGAAGGAACAGGACCCUCGGCGCAUCCCCAGCGCCCGGCUCUGACGCCACUGCUUCCAGAGGAGACCGGCCCCGAGCACAGGGUCCCGCCCCAGAGGAAGCCGCCGGCCAUCAGGCAGGGGCACCUGUGGCCACCGGCCACUUCAGCAGCGGCGGUCCCAAGCGCAGGGUCCCGCGCCGCGCGCCCGGCCCUCCUCUCCUCCGCCACUGAGGAGCCCCGUCCCCUGGGGGACCUGGACCCUGUGGUGGCCUCCGAACCGUCCUCGGAGGUGCACGGCUGGCCGGAGCGGGAGGAGGGGACGGUCCCCACCACGCCCGCGCCGCCGCAGCUGGCACCCUUCACCUCGCAACCCUGGGUGGCGCACACGCUCCCGCAGGGGCCCGGCCCCCAGGAGCCCGCUGCGCCCCAGGACGCCCACGAGGCCACCCCCGACGACGCCAGCACCGUGACCCUGAUGGACAAAGGCGACAACGAGCUGACAGGCUCGGCCUCCGAGGACAGCCAGGAGACCACCACGUCCACCAUCGUCACCACCACGGUCAUCACCACCGAGCAAGCGCCAGCCCUCUGCAGCCUGAGCUUCUCCGACCCCGAGGGCUACAUCGACUCCAGCGACUACCCCCCGCUGCCCUUCAACAGCUUCCUCGAGUGCACCUACAACGUGACCGUCUACACCGGCUACGGGGUGGAGCUCCAGGUGAAGAGCGUGAACCUGUCUGAGGGGGAGCUGCUGUCCAUCCGCGGCGUGGACGGCUCCACCCUGACUGUCCUGGCCAACCAGACGCUCCUGGUGGAGGGGCAGGUGAUCCGAAGCCCCACCAACACCAUCUCCGUCUACUUCCGGACCUUCCAGGACGGCGGGCUCGGGACCUUCCAGCUGCACUACCAGGCCUUCAUGCUUAGCUGCAACUUCCCCCGCCGGCCCGACUCGGGGGACGUCACCGUGAUGGACUUGCACUCGGGCGGGGUGGCCCACUUCCACUGUCACCUGGGCUAUGAGCUGCAGGGCGCCAAGACACUGACCUGCAUCAACGCCUCCAAGCCCCACUGGAGCAGCCCGGAGCCCGUCUGCUCAGCCCCCUGCGGAGGAGCCGUGCACAACGCCACCAUCGGCCGCGUCCUCUCCCCCAGUCACCCUGCCAACGCCAACGGAAGCCAGUUCUGCGUGUGGACCAUCGAGGCCCCCGAGGGCCAGAAGCUGCACUUGCACUUCGAGAGGCUCUCGCUGCAUGACAAGGACAGGAUGACCGUCUACAGCGGGCGAACCAACGCCUCGGCCCUUCUCUACGACUCCCUCCGCACGGAGAGCGUCCCCUUCGAGGGUCUGCUGAGCCACGCCAACAGCAUCCGCAUCGAGUUCACGUCCCACCAGGGCCCCGCGGCCACCGCCUUCAACAUCCGCUUUGAGGCCUUCGAGAAGGGCCACUGCUACGAGCCCUACCUGCAGAACGGGAACUUCACCACGUCCGACCCCACCUACAACAUCGGGACCGUGGUGGAGUUCAGCUGCGACCCUGGCCACUCCCUGGAGCAGGGGCCCGCCAUCAUCGAGUGCAUCAAUGUACGAGACCCCUACUGGAACGACACAGAGCCCCUGUGCAGAGCCAUGUGUGGUGGGGAGCUCUCGGCCAUGGCUGGGGUGGUGCUGUCUCCAAACUGGCCAGAGCCCUACGCAGAGGGCGAAGACUGUGUCUGGAAGAUCCACGUGGGGGAAGAGAAGCGCGUCUUCCUGGACAUCCAGUUCCUGAACCUCAGCAACAGUGACAUCCUGACCAUCUACGAUGGCGAUGAGGUCACGCCCCACAUCCUGGGGCAGUACCUUGGGAACACUGGCCCCCAGAAACUCUACUCCUCCACACCGGAUCUGACCAUCCAGUUCCACUCGGACCCUGCCGGCCUCAUCUUUGGAAAGGGUCAGGGAUUUAUCAUGAACUACAUAGAGGUAUCAAGGAAUGACUCCUGCUCAGACCUGCCCGAGAUUCAGAACGGCUGGAAGACCACUUCCCACACGGAGCUGGUGAGGGGGGCCAGAAUCACGUACCAGUGUGACCCGGGCUACGACAUUGUGGGCAGCGACACCCUCACCUGUCAGUGGGACCUCAGCUGGAGCAGUGACCCCCCAUUCUGUGAAAAAAUCAUGUACUGCACCGACCCGGGGGAGGUGGACCACUCGACCCGCCUGAUCUCGGACCCCGUGCUGCUGGUGGGCACCACCAUCCAGUACACCUGCAACCCGGGCUUCGUGCUGGACGGCAGCUCGCUCCUCACCUGCUACAGCCGCGAGACCGGGACGCCCAUCUGGACCUCCCGCCUGCCCCACUGCGUCUCGGAGGAGUCCCUGGCGUGUGACAACCCAGGCUUGCCUGAAAACGGAUACCAGAUCCUGUACAAGCGACUCUACCUGCCCGGCGAGUCCCUCACCUUCAUGUGCUACGAAGGCUUUGAGCUCAUGGGCGAAGUGACCAUCCGGUGCAUCCUGGGACAGCCAUCCCACUGGAACGGGCCCCUGCCUGUCUGUAAAGUUAAUCAAGACAGUUUUGAACACGCUUUAGAAGCAGAAGCGGCAGCAGAGUCGUCGCUGGAAGGCGGGAACGUGGCCCUGGCCAUCUUCAUCCCGGUCCUCCUCAUCUCCUUGCUGCUGGGCGGAGCCUACAUUUACGUCACCAGGUGCCGCUAUUACUCGAGCCUCCGCCUGCCCCUCAUGUACUCCCACCCCUACAGCCAGAUCACCGUGGAGACCGAGUUUGACAACCCCAUUUAUGAGACCGGGGAGACCAGAGAGUACGAGGUUUCUAUCUGA